AUGGAAAAAGAUGAGAAUUAUGAGGAUAUAGGUGAGAAGUGGAUAGAGGUCAUUAGGAAAUCUCCGCGCAAGCACCCCAGGAAGAAGUUUCUAUGUUCCCAGGAAACUAAGAAGGAGAAUUUUACCAAGUCUUUCCUAAAAAACAUUUUGGGGAAUGGGAAUUUUGAGUGGAAUUUGGUUCCUGCUUGUGGUACUGUUGGUGGUAUUUUAGUAGGGUCUAUUGCACAGUCACAGGUGGAUAGCUCGUCAUGCUUGUGCAGAGCAGAGAGAGGGGUCGUCGUCCCCGGCGCCGGCAGCCACGUCCCGAGAUCCAGACUGUGCGUGCAAUCGAGCAUAACAGCUUCCAUCCACCCGCUGAACGACAAGAGACCGGCGCGGGGUGACCGCCGACGCGGGCAACAAUGGCCGCUGCUCCCGGGGCUUCCCGACGACCUCGCCAUCGCGUGCCUCAUCCGGGUGCCACGAGCCGACCACUGGAAGCUCAGGCUGGUGUGCAGGAGGUGGUUCCGCCUCCUCGCCGGCAACUACUUCUACGCGCUCCGCGGGAGGCUCGGCCUCGCCGAGCCGUGGCUCUACGCCUUCAAGUGCGACGGCGACGGGCGCGUCUCGUGGGACGUGCUCGACCCGACGGCGGCGGCGCGCGCCGGCGGGAGGGCAUGGCGCGCGCUGCCGCCCGUGCCCGGCGAGUACGCGGACGCCACAGGGUUCGGCUGCGCCGUGCUCGGCGGCUGCCACCUGUACCUGCUCGGCGGCAGGGACCCGCGCAGGGGCGCGUUGCGCCGGGUGGUGUUCUACAGCGCCCGGAGCAACCGGUGGCACCGCGCACCGGACAUGCUGCGCCGGCGCCAUUGCUUCGGCGCCUGCGUGAUGGGAAACCGCCUGUACGUCGCCGGUGGGGAGAGCGGCGGCGGCGGCCUCAGGUCCGUCGAGGUGUUUGACCCGGCCAAGAACCGGUGGGCGUUCGUGUCCAGCAUGGCUGCCGCGCUGGUGCCGUUCGUCAGCGCGCUGCACGGAGGGAGGUGGUACGUCAAGGGGCUCGGCGCGGAGCGGCAGGUGCUGAGCCAGGUGUACAUACCGGAGACCGACACGUGGUCGACGGUGGCCGCGCUCGACGGCAUGGUCGCCGGCUGGAGGAGCCCCAGCGCCUGCCUCGACGGACGGCUCUACGCCGCCGACUGCAAGGACGGUUGCCGGAUCAGGUCCUAUGACGAGGCCACGGACGCGUGGUGCGGCUGCGCCGAUAGCAGGCGCCACAUGGGCAGCUCACAGGCUCUCGAGGCGGCCGCCAUGGUCGCGCUUCGCAGCAAGCUCUGCGUCGUUCGGAACGACAUGAGUGUGUCAGUUGUCGACUUCGCCGUCGGGGCGGAAAACCAACGGUGGCAGACCCUCGCCAGCAAGGGACAGAUCAAGAGCUUCGUGACGAACCUCCUUUCCAGCGUCGCCGGCCGCGGCCGCGCUAAGAACCGUGUUCUCCAUUGCCAAGUCCUCGAGGCCUAGCAAGAAAUAUUAUCGACGCAUUACAUAUGCGGACAUUUAAUUUGAACGAAUCAUCGAUGUACAGUUCAAUGUUCAGUAAUCGUAUGACAGAUGUGUUUGAUGA